CUUCUCCCGUCACAAACCACCAACCACCAUACCCAAUCAUAGAUGUUUUCCUGUUUCUUAGAAAUACUUACAUAUUAAUUAUGUAUCUAGACACUCUCUCUUACCAAUACACUCUCGCAUCAUAACAGUUGAUGUACCUACCGCCCCAUUGACAAAUCAUGUAGUUAAUCAAGUCACUGAAAUAGAUGAUGUAGGUCAUUUUAGGAACUCGCGGCAUAUAUGGCGGACCAGAGAAAUGAGAAUCUACGGAGAAGAGCAUGACCACCCUUUCUUGGGUUUAAGAUUUGCCUUUCAACUACCGCGAUAUGUAAUGUGUAAGUAAUAGAUUGGACCCUUUUCAUGAUGGGUGGGCACGAUAAGGGAGGUAAGUAGGAAUACGUAGGAAUAUGUAAAAGAAAUACUAGGCUAUAAGAGUAGAAAGGGGACCGAGUUUGGGCCAGCCUACUUCGCUUGCUUGGUUUCUUUUUGCUUCUGCACGACUUUGCAGCCGAGAACAAUUUUCACCGCCAAGAUGAAGUCGUUCUCCACCAUCGCUCUCGCGCUCGCCGCGCCCGUCCACGCAGGACUUCGCUUCGGAUGCUCGUCGCUGACCAUUCAGCGACUUGACCCCGUCGUCGAGCCUGGCAACAACCCCUCUGCCCAUGUCCACCAAAUCGUAGGCGGCAACGCCUUCAACGCCACCAUGACUGGCGAUGUUGGUGAGAGGGCCACCUGCACCACUUGCGAGAUGUCCGAGGACUUCUCCAACUAUUGGACCGCUGUCCUGUAUUUCAAGCACCCCACUAACGGCUCCUACCACCGUGUGCCCAUCAUCAACAACGCUGCCCUCGCGGCUGGCACCACCGGUGGAAUGACCAUCUACUACACCCCGUACGACUUUUUCACGGACAACAUUCAGCAGCAACCCAUCCGAGCUUUCCCACCAGGUUUCCGUAUGACCGUCGGCAGUCCGGCUACGGGUACUCUGGACGAGGCCAAGGGCCACGUCGGCCUCCGCUACAACUGUCUCCGGACCACCAUCGACCGAGGCCCGGAGAUGGUCGACUUCCCCGACAGACCAUGCCAGGGAGGUAUCUUCGCUGUCCACCACUUCCCCGCCUGCUGGGAUGGCAAGAACCUCGACAGCCCCGACCACCAGUCGCACAUGUACAACACCAUCAAGUCCGACGGCUUCACGAACGCUCCCCCGUGCCCGGCUUCUCACCCCGUCCGCAUGCCCCAGUUGACAUACGAGACCGUCUGGGACACGACCAAGUUCAACAGCAUGUGGCCCUCAGGCACGCCUAACCCCUUCGUCUGGAGUUUCGAGGGGUCCAGCGGAUACGGCACGCACGCUGACUACAUGUUUGGCUGGAAGGGCGACUCCCUUCAGCGCGCCAUGAACAAGUCCAACUGCUUCUACGAUGGCUGCGGUUCCAUCACGAAGCAGACCAUGGCCCAGGCCAACAAGUGCACGGUCAAGGACAUGGUUGGCGAGGAGACCGACGGAUGGCUUGACAAGCUACCCGGUAUGUAAAGAGUUCAUUCCAUCCAGCAGCGGUGGUGUGCUCAACGGGAAGAAGGCCAAGAUCGUUAGUCUGGUUAAAUUCCUUGUGUGUAGAAAGUUGAGGCUGUAUAGUUGAGAAUUGAUGGUGAUGGAGGGGGGAACUGUUAUGUAGUUCUUUCCUUUCAACGAUGUAUAUCGAUUAUGUCGUUUUAGUGAAUUGGAUGACUACAUUAUAG